AUGUAUGUUCAAUAUAUGUAUUCAAAUGAAGUUAAAAAUUAUUUUCAGGAUUCUACACAAUUGUCAAAUAAUGAAGUAAUAAAAAAUCAUAAACGUAUUAAAUACAAAAAAGAAUUUAUAAAAACACGGUUGCCUGCUUUAAACGUGUGGAAAAAUAUGACAGUUAAAGAAUUAGCAAUCUGUACUAAUAAAAGUGUUAAUGAUAUUUUUGAUGUUAUUUAUUUGAAUACCAAUGAAAGGGUAUGUAAUGAAAAUAGCAUUAUAAAGUCAAAAGUUUUAAGUCAAAUAGUCAAAUAUCUAGGAAAAUGUGUUAAAUUCAUACCAGAAAAAAGUAAAGAUGAGAAUACAAUAUAUAAUGUUACUAGAAGGCCACCAGCAGAUGAAUCUCAAUUAGUGAAACGGCAUCCAGUUGUAACAAUAAUGGGUCAUGUUGAUCAUGGUAAAACUACUUUACUUGAUGCAUUACGAAAUACAUCUGUUGCACAAUCAGAAUUUGGUGGAAUUACACAGUGUAUUAGUGCUUUUAAUGUAACUCUGAAGUCUGGAAAACGAAUAACAUUUUUUGAUACACCUGGGCAUGCUGCUUUCAUUUCUAUGCGAAAUAGAGGGGUGUGCAUAACUGAUAUUGUAGUACUGGUAGUAGCAGCUAAUGAUGGAGUUAAGGAACAAACCUUGCAGAGUAUAAAAAUGGCAAAUGAUGCUAAUGUUCCAAUUAUUGUAGCCAUCAAUAAAAUUGAUAAACCUAACAUUGAUAUUAAUGAGACACAGAAUGAACUUGAGAAACAUGGUAUUGUAAUUGAAGAACGUGGUGGUGACACACAGUGUGUUAAAAUAUCUGCUUUAAAGAGGAUUAAUUUACAAGAAUUAAUGGAAACUAUAGUUAUACAAGCCGAAUUAAUGGAUUUGAAAGCAGACCCUGUGGGCUUAAUAGAAGCUGUUGUUGUUGAAUGUAGUAAUGAUUAUAAUCGCGGGAAAUUGGUAACGGCUUUAAUUCAGCGUGGUACUUUAAGAAAAGGAUGUUAUUUAGUCUCUGGGGCGGCAGCGGCAAAAGUGAAAGGUAUAUAUAACGAUUCCGGCAGUCCCGUUUUGGAAGCUAGACCAUCAGAAGUGGUACAAAUCAUUGGAUGGAAAGAAUUACCAAUGGCUGGAGAUGAAAUACUUGAAGUAGAAAGUGAUAAAAUACUACAAAGAGUUAUAAAAUUCAGGAAAAAACAGAAAAAUGAGAUUUUAACUAAGAAUGUAAUGUAUUGUAAAAAACGUAUUUUAAUUAAAUAUAAAAAGCAGUUAGAAAAAAUGAAAGAGAUAAAUAAACAGCUGGUUGAAGAAAAUUCUAAGGAUAUAACUAAAGAUUCUAUUCCAGAAAUAAAUAUUAUUAUAAAAGGUGAUACGGCAGGAAGUGUUGGAACAUUAUUAGAUAUUUUUAAUACAUAUACGUAUGAUAGAAUAUGCAAGUUAAACAUCGUUCAUUAUGAUAUUGGGCCCGUUACGAAUUCGGAUAUAGAAUUAGCGGAAAUAUUUAAUGCAAUUAUUUAUGGGUUUAAUGUGAAUGCAAAUAAAAAAAUAGAAGAAGAGGCUAGUAAGAAAGGUUUAUCUCUUCGUUUUUAUAAUGUUAUAUAUAAACUUAUUGAUAAUAUUAAAGAAGAAAUUUUUGAGGUACUACCUCAAGUUGAUAUUAAGGAGAUAACAGGUGAAGCAAAAGUAUUACAAGUAUUUUCUAUAAAGGAUAAAAGGAUGAAAGUAAACAUUGCAGGUUGCCAUUGUAAUAAAGGUACUCUUUUAAAAUCUGGAUUGUUUAACAUAAUAAGAAACAAUGAAAAUAUUUAUACAGGAAAAGUGGUGUCAAUGAGACAUUUAAAGGAAGAAGUAUUAUCAGUAAAAGCUGAUUUCGAAUGUGGUCUUAGAUUUGAAGAUCCAACGGUAGCAUUGCAACCUGGAGAUACUAUUAUUUGCUUCACAGUAAGUAAAGGUAAACAAGAGCUGAAAUGGGAUCCUGGAUUUUAAUUUUGAUAUCGUUAUAUGUAAAGAAGUAUAGAAUAAUAGAUCGUCGAUAUAAAAUAAAAAAUAC